AUGGGUCGCAAUCGAGUCGUUUCGUGGAUGUCCUCGCUGUCGUCGGGGCGCAAGUCACCAAUAUCGCCGUCCACAACGCCGCCCUCUUCCGACGAGUCUCCCCUUUCCAAGGACGCAAAGUCCCGGGUCAAGAAGCGACACUCGCUCGCGCACAUCGACCUGCGCAGCCCUCCCACGCCACCGCCGCAGUCCGACUAUGGCUCGCCCAUAAACGUCGACGCCCCAACCCGAGGUAACCGGAACAGCAGCGCGCGACCCAUGUCCAUCAUCCAGACGUAUCAGCCGCCCGUCAUGGAGGUGACCGAGGACACCAUUCCCGAGCUGCAGCCCAUCUUCUCGCUGCUCAACUACCAUUCCAACAAGCUGUAUCACGAGGGCUAUUUUUUGAAGCUGGAUGAUCAGAACACCCAGGGCAAACCGAACCCAGAUAGAACAUGGGCCGAAUGCUUCGCGCAGCUUGUCGGCACCGUGCUCUCUUUAUGGGACGCCGCAGAGCUGGACGCUGCCGGCGAAGACGGCGAAGUUCUUCCCAAAUUCAUUAAUCUCACAGAUGCUUCGAUCAAAGUGAUUGAGUCUCUGCCGACCCGUUCAAGCGAUGAGCAGCCGCUACAGAACAUCCUUAGCCUGUCCACCGCUGGCAAGAAUCGAUACCUGCUGCAUUUCACCUCCCACGAGUCACUGCUGGAAUGGACAGCCGCUGUUCGACUUGCCAUGUACGAGCAUGCCUGUCUCCAGGAAGCCUACACAGGCGCCCUGAUUGCUGGCAGGGCCAAGAAUCUCAACAACAUCAAUAUCAUGAUGGAGAGAUCCAAGUACAAGAUCGAGGUCUGGGCCAGGGUUCGGUUUGGCGCCGGCGUGCCAUGGAGGCGCUGCUGGUGUGUCAUCACGCCCCCCGACGAAAAGGAGUACAACAAGCUCCAGAAGGAGCUGAAGAAGAAGUCGGCCUACGAUCGAUCUCCUGCGCGCGUCGUCAAAGGAGACAUUAAGUUUUACGAUGUCAAGACCGAGGGCAAGAAGCAAAAGAGGACACAGCCCGUUGCCACCAUCACCGAGGCCUACUCGGCAUAUGCCAUCUACCCGCAGGCCAAGUCGCUGGUGGAUGCCUCAACACUCAUCAAGAUUGAAGGCAAUAUCUCCAUCCACUCCUCGCCAGAGUCGUCUUCGGAGGGCUUCGUCUUCAUCAUGCCCGAGACGCGCCCCGCCGUCAGCGGCUUCGAGACGAUGCUGCGCUUCCUCUUCCCGACAUGGGACACCUUUGGCCUAUAUGGCCGCCCGGGCCGACUCGUCGCCAGCGCGCUGGAUGCUCGAUCCCUCAUGUUCGCCAUGCCCAAGAACAAGAAGCAAGGGUACCUGGAGCUCCAGGACAUCCUCGCGCUCCUGCAGGACGCGAAGAGCUCGACAUGGAGCGAGAGGGAGUGGCGAAAGCGCCUCAAGGAGGCCACUGGCACGCGGAUGAACUCGCUGGAAGAUGGAACUCGGUCUUAUUCUCCGGCUUCCAACAGCAACCGAAACAGCAACAGAAUUAGCUUCAACAAGCCCAGAGUAGGUUUCGCUGGCGACGACUUGAACCGGAUGCGCAAUUCUUCCGAUUCCAACAGCCCCAUCUCGAUGGGCUCGAAUUCCUCGCCAAACGAUCAGUCACCUCUCGAGAUGGCCGGGCGGGUCGGAAGCUCGAGCUCGGACGAGGGCCGGGCUAUGACGCCGAAUGCUUAUGUCGAGCCCAUUGAGACCAGCAUGGGGGUGAAUCGCACUCCGGAGCCCGUCGUUCGACCUCCGAAUAUCAUGCGCGAUGCUCAUGACCGCCCGUCAAGCACACCAUACAACUCGGCCGAACUGCGCCGGGCCAACAACCGCCUGUCCAAUGGCACUCUGGCUCAGAUGGCCAAGGCUGGCGGCAUUGCUCUGCCUCAGGUCCCCGACAUUCCCGACGACGAAGAAGACGAGCAGUUCUUUGACGCCCCGCCUCCGGUUCCUGCCCAUGGCGGUGGGUUCUACUCCAACGACAACCGAUCUGCUCACUCCAUGAACCGCCCCCCUAGCCACCAUAGCCACCACAGCUACCACAGCUACCGUGAUGGCGACCGCCCACCCACUAACCACUCGCACCAAUCGCGUCAAAGGCAACCGUCUCCCUAUGGCCAGAGAUCGCCCUACACACAAGGCCCUUACGACCAGAGACCGGUUUCCAGAGACGAAUCUCACUCGCCGUACCACGCUCAGCGCCCGCUGCCACCUCCCCACGCGACAUCGUACCCGGACGAGCAAUAUGGAUCUUACCGCCCCGAUUCUGGUGCGAGACCCUAUUCUGGCGGCGGCUUUCCUGGGUACAACCAGGGGCACCCUCAGCGGAAGCCUCUUCCCAUGAGGCCCGAAGCAUCCUGGAACAAGCACCAGAGCAUCACUCCCAACGACAUCAUUGAUCACUAUACCACACAGUCCCGAGCCCAGUACGACGGCUUCCUGCCUCCCCAGCCGCCGCUCCACCUGGAGUUCCGCAACGAGCUGCAGGAAGAGUUGCAGCAGCAAUUGCAGCAGCCGUAUGUGGAACGCCCCCGCGCCGGUGUUCUGAAGACGGUGGGCGGUGCCGACCCGGAAUCUCACUACAAUCCCGGCUUCGAGAUCCCCGACGUCAACUUUGGCCCAACCGUUAAGUACGGCGUGGCCCCGGUGCUCCGCAAGCCCGCACCCCCUACGCAUGAGCCUCAAGUGCCGAAGACGCCGACGCAGCCAAAGGGCAACCACAAGAGGCAGGACUCGUCGACUGUGCCUUGGCAUCCGGCCUCGCCGACAUCGCCGGGUUCCCCGCGGUCGGUCCGCCUCACACCCGAGGAGUAUGUCCAGCAUCGUGCCUCCAUCGCCUCGGCUCCCCGCGGACACGGACGAACCCUGUCAGCCAACUCGCUUGGUGGCCACUCGGCGCGAGCCAUGUCACCGCAAACGGUGUACGGCUCGGGACAGCACCGACAAUACUAG